UUGGGCUGGUUGUACAGUAGUUUGCCGACUUUGUAUGCGUUAUGGAGCAAAUUUUCCGUGUCAAUUUAUUGAAAGAAUUCCAUGCAAUGAGUGCGGCUUUGUUUUUCCGCAGCGCGCAUGUUACGAACAUCAUUUAAAUAAUCAAGUCCCUGCAGAAAUGGCUGGUCCAAGAACAACUAAUUUUGCUUCAAUUUGUCAAUCUCGACGAAUUUGUUUCCAGUGUAAUCGCAUUAUUUUUGGGCGCCAGGAACAACAACUUCAUGACUGUAUUGCAGAGCAACAGCAACAACAGCAGCAGCACCAACAACAGUUAAAUGGGGAAUUAACUAAUUGUGCUAAAUCCGCUCAAAUCUGCUGA